AUGGCGAGCAACUUCAAGAUCGAGCCUCUGGUCCAUCCUGAAGGGAAGACAUGCAAGUUUGGGGCUGUUAUUACCGGUCUUGAUCUGAACAAUUUCACCCCAGAGAUAGUGGCGCAGUUGGAGAAAUUGACCUGGGAGCAUAAACUUCUUAUUAUCAAAGGUCAACAUGACCUUAAACCGAAGCGUUCCUGGGAAUUGCUGCAAGCUCUUGACCCAGAGAUAAUUGAUAUGGGCGAGGAUGAAUUGGCUGAUCUAUUUCACCCUCACCAGUGGUUUAGAGACUCCUUCCGCGCUGUCACAGUCCCUGAUGCGGGAUUGUUUUAUUAUAUUGGGAAAGGACCCCAAAACGACCCGCGCUACGGUAAACCAGGCCUAGACAUGGGCGACAAUAAGUUAAGCCUUACCUACAGCGUACCGCUCUCAGACGAGGACUUUGAAGCCGGACGUACCCGUUUCCACAGGUGGUACAUGAACGGAUACUACUGGCAUAAAGAUAUUACAAAGUUUACUAUUCUCCGACCGAUCAAGUUUCCUUCAGAAGGCCUGGACAAGCAGACUGUAGAAUGGGCUGACGGCUCAGGUAUGACUCUGGAAGUUAAGCCAGGGCGCCAGGCGUUCUUAGACGUUGAGCAAUUGUAUGACAUGCUCAGCGACGACGAGAAGAGAAUGGCAGACCAUAGUUGGGCCGAGUACAACUAUUGGCCAUUUGAGAAUCUCAAGGACUGCAAAUAUGCUCCUAAUGGUCUAGGCGUCGUCACUGAAGGCAAGGAGCAGCCAGACGAAGAGCUGCUCACGUUGGGAGGGGCAAGUAAAGACUGGCAAAAGAAGUACCCACUCGUCUGGGUUAACCCCGUUAAUGGCAGGAAGUCAUUCCAGUGUAUACAUCACUUGGUUCGUCGGCUAUUCAUUCGCAACGGCCCAGACGAGACUCCUAAGAUCAUCGAUGACUUGGGCGAAGUCAGGAAGUUUUUGGAUAAGAUCCAGACCAGAAUUAUCAAGCCUGAGCAUAUUUGGGUAGGCCCGGAUGAGGAGCAGGACUUGCUUAUCUUCCAGAGCUACGGCCUGCUGCAUUCGGAUAUCGAUCAUCCUGCUAGUUGGGGUAAUAGGACGAUACACCAGGCCUUCAUGCCUACACGCUACCCCCCUAAGGGACCCGUGCCUAUUCCAGAUAUUUAA